UGUGACCACCAAGGCAUGAAUAUUCAAGUGUGCCGUUCAAAUAAAAGUCCAUGGGUCUGUCUGACGUGCUCAAGUGUCCAUUGUGGAAGAUAUGUGAAUGGCCAUGCAAAAAAGCAUUAUGAAGAUGCACAGAUUCCUAUGACCAAUCAUAAGAAAACAGAAAAACAAGAGAAAGUUCAGCAUACUGUGUGUAUGGAUUGCAGUAGUUACAGUACAUACUGUUAUCGCUGUGAUGAUUUUGUAGUCAAUGAUACCAAGCUGGGCCUGGUACAGAAGGUCAGAGAGCACCUACAGAACUUGGAAAAUUCAGCCUUUACGUCAGACAGACAUAGGAAAAGAAAACUAUUGGAAAACUCAUCUCUGAACAGCAAACUAUUAAAAGUAAAUGGAAGCACCACUGCCCUUUGUGCCACAGGCCUUCGGAACCUGGGGAAUACGUGUUUCAUGAAUGCAAUCCUUCAGUCGCUCAGUAACAUUCAACAGUUUUGCUGUUACUUCAAAGAGUUGCCUGCUGUGGAGCUGAGGAAUGGGAAGACGGCAGGCAGGCGAACUUACCAUACCAGGAGCCAGGGGGAUAAUAAUGUUUCAUUGGUGGAAGAAUUCAGAAAGACACUCUGUGCUUUAUGGCAAGGAAGCCAAACUGCAUUUAGUCCAGAGUCUUUGUUUUACGUUGUUUGGAAAAUCAUGCCAAAUUUUAGGGGAUACCAGCAACAGGAUGCCCAUGAGUUCAUGCGUUACCUUUUGGACCAUCUACACCUGGAACUCCAGGGUGGCUUCAAUGGUGUUUCACGUUCGGUAAUCUUGCAAGAAAAUUCUAGUCUGUCUGCAAGCAACAAAUGUUGCAUAAAUGGAGCAUCUACUGUUGUCACAGCCAUUUUUGGAGGCAUUCUUCAAAAUGAAGUCAACUGCCUAAUAUGUGGGACUGAAUCUAGAAAGUUUGACCCAUUCCUAGACCUUUCACUAGAUAUUCCAAGUCAGUUCAGAAAUAAACGUACUAAAAAUCAAGAAAAUGGACCAAUGUGCACACUACGAGAUUGUCUUCGCAGUUUUACAGACCUGGAAGAGCUUGAUGAGACAGAGCUGUAUAUGUGUCACAAAUGCAAAAAGAAACAGAAGUCCACCAAAAAAUUCUGGAUUCAGAAACUACCAAAGGUGCUAUGCUUACACUUGAAACGAUUUCACUGGACAGCGUAUCUGAGAAACAAGGUCGAUACGUAUGUUGAGUUUCCCUUACGAGGCCUAGACAUGAAAUGCUACUUGUUAGAGCCUGAAAACAGUGGCCCAGAAAGCUGCCUGUAUGACCUUGCGGCUGUUGUUGUGCAUCAUGGUUCAGGCGUUGGCUCUGGACAUUACACCGCGUACGCAGCUCAUGAAGGCCGUUGGUUCCAUUUCAACGACAGUACUGUAACUUUGACCGACGAGGAGACUGUGGUAAAGGCCAAGGCCUACAUCCUCUUCUAUGUGGAACGGCAAGCCAAAUCUGGAUCAGAUAAACUUUAAUACCUCCUUUUAAUGCUUACUUAAGAGUUCACCGGACAAAACAUUUCCAUUUUUCCAUAAAUACUUGAUCCAAGACUAUUAAUUUCAUUGUGCACUUUUCAAUUUCCUCUUGUGGGUUUUAGUUUUGUUGUGUCAAUGGUAGCAUUUGACUUACUGAACUUGGACACAAACUAACUUUUUUUUUUAGUUAUACCAGAAAACCUCAGCAGAUUUUGAUUUGCUGCUUUAGUUGUGAUAACUCAAUUUUUAUAUAUAUAGCUUCAUGAAAUACUUUUAGUUAUUUGACUUUUUUAUAUUAAUGUUUCAGUUCUCACUUUCUAAAGGCACAUUUACAUCAGAGAAGCUUUCUAUCCUCCUUACAGGCAAGAUAAAUGUGCUUCUGAUUAUGAAGAGCAAUACAACUUCAUGCUGUUCUCGCAGCUGUUGGUAGAUAGGAUUUAAUCUCUCUAAAUCAAGGAAAUGUUUGCACGUACUAUUUUCCCUCGUGCAAGAAACUAAACAGUGACCUCCGAAAAAUCAUUCUUUGUCUGCAGAAGAGAGGAGAUGUGGCAUCAUUAAAUAGACCAGGUAAUUGCUGCUAUAUUGGUGUGUAUUCAGGCUGCUGACUUUCAGGAAUCAUUGUAAAUAAACAGUUGGUUCUGUUGUAUCUAUACUGCAGUUUAAUUCAAGUAUUCCUCACGUAUGCUCUGCCCUCCCCCCUGCAAAUUUACAAAAAUUAUCUUAAAAUACAUACAUGUCUAAAUUGCGUUGAGAUUUAUGUUUUUUUAACCAAACCUGAAUUGCCUUAGAUGUCUCUUGUUUUAGGCCGUCAUCCUGGAAUUUGAUCAUGAACACUUACUUGCUUGAAAACUUGGAGACUUCCUGGCAGUGGGACCCCAGCCCUCCUUCCUGGGGGGAAGUGGGAGUACAGCCCCAAAGUUUGGGCUUAGUGAGAACAGUCUUAGGUCUAAAUAUGGUUCCUGUCCAUUAAAUGCCUGCAGUUCACUUAAAACUGGAAGGAGGGGGAUGGUGUGCCAGAUACUCCGCAUGGCAAUUGUUUUACCAGGUCAAACGCAAACGGGAGGACGCUCCGUUUCACAGCAUAACCUGCCUGAUGGGCGCUGAUGAGCCAGACUGCUCGCUGCCUGGAGCACACUCAGGUAGCUGGGAUAUUUGCGUGUUGGCCUGGUGUGGGAUCUUUAUUUGUCAUCUCUAGAUGAAUUUUAGCUGUACUGCCGUGUUGGAGAGUGGAGGUCAGCUAAUGGGAUUUUGAAAAGGUGGACAGGAAGACCACUCUUGCAAAAGCCAGGAGGACCAAAAAGAGCUGAAAUCUGACAAAUGCUACAUUUCAGUUCUCUUUCUGCAGCCCCUCCUUUCUAGCUAGCCCCCAUGUGCCUAGCAAGAAACAGAGCACUCCUAAAAUCUCAAAAGUAGUAAGAGUAGAAUUUACUAAGUGUGGAGUCACACAAACACCACCUUUUAUUUGUGGUAACAGUAAAAUAUAGGAGUCUGAAAACACCAGAACUCAAGUAAAACCUGAUUACCCUUUUGAGUUGCAGCUCAGCCUGGUGCACAUGGAGUACGCAUCGCUCUUCCUUGCCGGGGGUUACCUGCUAGCUGUAUGCUGACAAGUAUGAAGAGAAAUCACAAUCAGAUGUUUUUAAAAAUGUCAUUCAUCAUAGCUUUUUCACAGAUCUUAAACCAGGAAAAGAGAGAAAUUGGCUUAAUAUAAAACUGCAGAAAGCAUUUGGCAUUGCUAAUGGUGUAUGAAUGUAUAAAGUGUGCACUAGUUAAAACCUAUUGUACGUAUUAUUUGAUAAUUGACAUAAGUAAAAGAAGACAUCCUUAUAGAAGUUGUUGAACAAUAAAUAGAACUAUUGAUUGCUUUGCUUUAAAUUGUAGAUAGUUUGUCAUCUACCAUUUCUCUGUUUCUUGCAGGAAGAGCCUUUCUUCUAAUGGGAAUAGGUAGCUGUUCUCACUUAUGCAGGCAGAAAAAGGUAUUGGCCAGACUUCAUUGGCGUGCGGGGCAGGUGAGGUACCUUGACCACAUUAUUACCCUGAAGGGCAGCCUCACUGCUCACAGUUAGUGCGGGAGUUAAGUAGAGUCCAUCUCUAGCUGCGUUUUAUCUGCAUGCUACUUGGACUGGAUUGCUUUAGAAUUUUAGUUUUGAGAAUAUAGAGCUUGAAAUGCACAACUAGCUCUGGCCUGCAGCAGUUCUACUGACAGUAGUCAGGUAUAUGCAGUGCGCUCGCAAACCAGUGAUGUAAAUGUGCCUUUUUGUAUUUUUUGAAACUUAAAUUUGUAAUCUUCAGUAACAUUCACUUACCUUAAGCCGCUUCUACUUCUCCAGUUUAUUUUUUGGGUCAGAGUUAUAUUCUCAUUUCAGUAUUUCCUUUCAGUGACAUUAAGGUCUUGGGCAAUGGUAUCCAGCAUGGUCCAUUUUGAGACACGGCCAUGGGAACACAAUGCAAUCACGUCAGCCUUGUUCUUGGAGCAGGUGGUGAUCAGGACUCAGCCAUAUGCUUUGCUGGAACAAGUACCUUGUAAAUCGUUUCCUAAUUUAACUUUCUCCUGCUGCAAACCCAGAUGGACAGUUUGUUGUGGCAACACAAGUAUUUCUCUUCCUGGUGGAGAACUUUGCUUAUCCACUGUAUUCUAGUCAGUGUGGUGUCAAAAAAAAAAAAAAAAAAAAAA